AUGGGGUACAAGACUCUGUGCUUUGGAUUCUUUUGUAUUUUAUUUGCUUAUUGUAUUUAUUCACCCGUUCCAGAAAAUGUUGAAGAACCGUGGAAAGUGAGAUUCAUCAGCACUCUUAUAAAAAUGACUUCAUUGGUGGCCACACUGUGUGAUAACAUAGGUCUUCUGAAAUAUGAAGAAAUGCUACUAACUUUGUCAUCAGUUCAGUUUACAAAACCAGUUUCAGAUGAAAACAUUACAGUGAUUGACACAAAGUUUAGUGACAUUCCUAUUCGUCUGUACUUGCCAAAGAGGAAGUCUGAAAGGCAAAGGCCAGCUGUAAUUUUUAUUCAUGGUGGUGCCUUUGUCUUGGGAAGUUACAAAAUGUCAGCCUAUGAUGAUUUGAACAGGUGGACAGCGAACAAGCUUGAUGCUGUUGUUGUGGGAAUAGACUACAGGCUUGCUCCUAAGUAUCCAUUCCCAGCUGCCCUUGAAGACUGUGUUUAUGUGAUCAAGUUCUUUCUCCAGGAAAAUAUUCUUGCAAAAUACAGAGUGGAUCCCACACGCAUCUGCAUUAUGGGAGACAGUUCUGGGGGUACCUUGGCAGCAACAGUGACUCAACUGCUACAGAAUGAUCCAAACUUCAAAGAUAAAAUUAAAGCACAAGCCUUGAUGUAUCCUGGCCUACAGUCACUUGAUACUUUGUUACCAUCCCAUCAAGAGUAUCAACACGGUCCAAUUCUAACCAGGGAGAUGGCAAUUAAGUUGGUGAGCCUAUAUGUGACUGAAGACAAAGUUCUACCCCAAGCUGCACUGAGAAAUGAGCAUAUGCCUACAGAGUCAAGACACCUAUUCAAGUUGGUUAACUGGAGUGACUACCUUCCUGAGAAGUAUAAAAAGAACCAUGUUUACGUUGAACCAGUUCUUGGAAAAAUGAAUGCUUCUUAUCCAGUCCUUGUGGAUAGCAGGUUGUCCCCUUUGCUAGUCAAUGACUCCCAGUUACAGAGUUUGCCAUUAACAUACAUUGUCACUUGUGAACAUGAUCUCUUAAGAGAUGAUAGUCUCAUUUACAUCUCACGGCUUAGAAAUGUUGGGGUAAAAGUUACUCAUGAGCAUAUAGAGAAAGGAGUGCACGGAGCCCUCUCAUUCACCAGAGCACCAGUGUUUUUAAAUUUAGGAUUAAAAAUAAGAGAUAAGUAUAUUAAUUGGUUAGAAGAAAAUCUGUGA